CCCGCGCCGCCCGCUGUCACCGAGCCGCUGUAUGCAGAGCGGCUGUCGUCGCCCGCUGCUGCGAGUCCUGGGCCCGAGCUUCUCGCUGCUGACCCGCGGGCCGCUUCUCCAGUGUCCUCGCCGCCUCAUGAAGCCUCUGGUCGUGUUCGUCCUCGGCGGUCCCGGCGCCGGCAAGGGGACCCAGUGCGCGCGCAUCGUGGAGAAAUAUGGCUACACACACCUCUCUGCAGGAGAGCUGCUUCGUGAUGAGAGGAAGAACCCAGAUUCACAGUUUGGUGAGCUUAUUGAGAAGUACAUUAAAGAAGGAAAAAUUGUGCCAGUUGAGAUAACCAUCAGCUUAUUAAAGAGGGAAAUGGAUCAAACAAUGGCUGCCAGUGCUCAGAAGAAUAAAUUCUUGAUUGAUGGAUUUCCAAGAAAUGAAGACAAUCUUCAAGGCUGGAACAAGACCAUGGAUGGGAAGGCAGAUGUAUCUUUUGUUUUGUUUUUUGACUGUAAUAAUGAGAUCUGUAUCGAACGAUGUCUUGAGAGGGGAAAGAGUAGUGGAAGGAGUGAUGACAACAGAGAGAGCUUGGAAAAAAGAAUUCAGACUUAUCUUCAGUCAACAAAACCUAUUAUUGAUUUAUAUGAAGAAAUGGGGAAAGUCAAGAAAAUAGAUGCUUCUAAGUCUGUUGAUGAAGUUUUUGAUGAAGUUGUGAAGAUUUUUGACAAAGAAGGCUAACCCUGAAAGGACCCUUGAAAUCACGCUUGAAUAUUGGUUUGGUAGCUGCUAUCAUAGCCCCUUUUAAGGCAGUUUUAAUCUUUCAAAAUUUUAUCUCAAUAACUAGAAAAUACACACUAAGAUGAAUUACAUUUGUUUUACUUUUUAAUGUUUGUUCAUGAGAGUAAACAGUGAGUUCAGGGUCCGCUUCAUUCUGAUUAUCAUGGUGCUCACAAGACAGAGAAGGGUAUCAGCUAGCUCUUUGUUUUUGUUAAAAAGACCAUCCCUCUUAUAGUUUGUGCCUUCUGUGAGCGAAUUUUUUUAGAAUGCAUGUAUUUUUUUUUUUUUUUUAGUAACUAUAACAUGUUCAGAUUAGAGAUUUCCACUGUUCCUUUUUGCUGCAGAUUUUAAAUUUCCAAACUGUUGAGUGAAUUUGUGGACCAAAUUUAAAAGAGCUUUUUGUGUAGUCAGGUCUACACAAGGUGUUUAUUAAACACACUCAUAAAGUGGAUUCCUAGCAAUGUUUUAGUAUUUAUCAAGUAACUGAUCAUUUCCUGUAGGAAGAGGAAAACUGAGGUUUUGAUAUAUUACAGCUUGUGCAAAGUUAUCUGAAAGUUGUAUGCAAGUCUGCUUCCAAGGUUUGGGCUGGAGUUGGAGGGGUUCAGAACCUGGAAGAAUUGUCUGCAUUCUUCGGACAGAAUCUGGGGCCAGGAUCACAUUCACAUUGUGUCCUUGUGCUCCAUACACAGUACUGUUCAUUGUUAACUGAUGUUAACAAAAUUCUUAGCAAGAGAACCUUGAGAUGCAUAUGCUAGAUUUGUGUUAAUGUGACUCACUUCUCAUUCUAAUCAUACUUCAAGGGAUUUUUGUUUUGCUCUGUUUUGUUUUCUAGACUAAACAUAUAGUUAGAAUAAAUUAGGAAAAGCAAUCUAAUGGUUAAUUUUCCCAUUUGUAUUUUAUUUUCUGAAAUAUUUUUUUUCAUAGCUAUUUGUUUAAAAAGAUUUAAAAAUCAUUGCACUUUGGUCAGAAAAAAAAUAAAUAUAUCUUAUAAAUGUUGAAUUUCUUUCCUGGCUACUUUGUUCAAUAAAGUCUAAAUGUCCAAACAAUUUUCUUUUAUAUGUAUUUUUCCUUUAAAAAUGAUCUUUGAGACAUUGGUUUUGUUUUGUUUGUGCCUUCUUUCCUCCUCUGUCCCUAAAGCUGAAUGGUAUUUAAGGUUUCCAAUAAUAGAUUUCUUUAAGUGUUUCUCACUUCCGGCACUUACUGCUGUUUGGUACACAGGGUUAAAUAGGGUGCAGAAUUUUGUCUUUGUAUAGUUACAUUUUAUAUUUAUAGUCAUCAGGAAUACUAAGAACAAGUUAUUUGAUACUUUUGUAAUACAUUUAUUUCUAUAUGUUAUGAAAUUCACUUACUAGUGAGAAAAUUUUCAACAUACCAUUAAAAAACAAGAUAUCUUCAUACUGUAAUAUAUUAGCCACUAAAAUCAAUAUUGAUACUCUCCUGUUUUCUUGGAAGAGAUUGUAUUGUUAUCUGAUAGUCAUUCUAUCAGUACUGAGGGGUGAGGGCUUUGCUGGUGGUUUAACCCACAACUACAGAUGAAGCAAGAGCAGAGACCCAUGUUUUGAGACCGUUCCUUUCAUGCAAGUGAAGAAGUCUGUCCCAUGAAAAUGUAAAUAUUUAUCCCAGUGAUCAUGAGAACAUCCUUCACGUUGUCAGAAGACCAUGGAGCUAGGUGUUUUGCUUCUUUCAUCAAAUAUCUCUCUGUGGCAUUUGCCAACAGAAAGACACCAUAUUUACUCAGUUAUGAGACCUUGCUUUUGUUCACAUUUAAGUAGAAAAACAUGCUGGAAAUAAUUGAAUUUUGAAAUUGAUUAAGAUACAUCUGACUUCACUAGUUUUGUCAUUCCAUUUGUUAAAGAAAGUUUUGUUUCUUGAAAUAUCUUCCCUUGAGUCUUGCUAUGUUUUUAAAAUUAACAUUCUUUCCAUCCAGUGAUGUUGAAUGUAUGUGGAUUGCUUGGUAAAUAAUCCCAAUAAAGUUUGUGUUGAUGCA